GGUCCAUAAAAUCCCCGACCCAUGCGGGGCGUCUUGAGCCUGAAUUACUCCUGCAUAACUGGUGUUCAAGAAAGGCACCAUGUACCGGAUCACUUGCGCCAUCCUCUUCGCCGGUUUUAUUGCCGCCUCUACUUGUCUCAGUGUGGCGCGUGAAGAUGGUGAUCUUCUGGACGCCCUUGCUCACAAGGAUACAAAAAAGCUAGGCGAAGAAGCCAUCCUGUUAGGCGAGAUUCUACGAAAAUGCGCGAAGAACUUGAAAAACGAGCCCAUUAUGGAGGAGUUUCCAGGAGAUGAGGCGGAGGAAUACUUUUUUAGAAAACUCUGGGAAAGUAUCAAAAGCAGUGUCAAGGACGCAGUCUGGGAUGCUAAAGAAAAUAUUAAGAAUAGCGCAAAGGACGCAGCCAUGGACGCCAAAGAAACGAUAUUGAACGGUUUCAAGAAGGCAGCGAUGGACGCAAAGGAAAAGAUCACGGAAGGUAUCAUGAACGCAGCCACCGAGGCUAAAAAAAAGAUCAAGAACAGCAUCAAGGAUGCUGCCAAGGAAGCUUUAGAAAAGUUUAAGACAUCAGCAAUUGAGUAUCUUGGAAAGAAGGCCGAAAAUCUAAUAGGCGGUCUAAUCAACAAGCAGCGUGGCAGCUACUCAUUGGAGGACAAUGAGUCGUACGAUAAGUUUGUGGCCGUCAUAUCCAACGAUAUUGACCAGAUGGGGCAGGACCUCAUUCAACAGGGUAGGAGGCUACUCGAGGAAUAAAAUUUCGAAGAAUA